CGGGCAAGAGAAACAGCUAGAUUCAUAAUUUCUGGAUGUGGCUGGAAACAGGGAAAUCAAUUAACCAAUUAAAGGAGGUCAAACUAGUAAACUGGGAACAAAAUCAUGAUUGUGGAGGUCUUUGAUUUUCAGUAGCUCAUACGCUGCAGUAGCUGUUUUAAGUAGUGGUUGUUACAUGGUUGUGAAAGGCUAUCUCUAAGGUGAAUGUAUUGUGAUAGAAGAGGAUCUAAAAUAACAGUAGAACCCCAUUGUCAGUAGCUUAAUGGGUAAAUUAAAAUAGCAUAACCUUGCCCCACACUCGGCAUAAUAAAAGAUAUUAACAGCAAGGUAAUAGCAAAUUCAAAAUUGUGGUCCACAUAAAUUAUUUUUGAACUGCCUCUGAUUCAUUCUUCUAGAAAUCGUCACAAUGUUGAAUACUUAGCUCAGUUUACGUUAAGAUGAGAUGUUCAGUAAAGGUCUUUACUGAUUGUAGCCUAUUAAACUGAGAAUAGGAUGAGCUUUAUGUGGUGUUUGGAAGGUGGGAUGAGAGGUACACAGGAUGUGUGGAAUUCACAUUUACUCUUGCAGCUCUGAUAAUCUUCAGAAAUGGAUAAAUGCUAAGCUAGCAAUAAUGAAGAAUGAUUUAGUCUCAUAGGAUGUGCUUCUCUCAUUCAUGGGCCAUGCAUAUGGCAUAGGCAUAGAAAUGUAAACUUUCAGGCUUAUAUUAUAUAUUUAUGAAUGUUUUCAUAGUCCAUGCACAUUAAAGUGGAAAACGUGUAGUUAGCAGUGAUAGUAGCAGCAUGCUUCAAAACAGUUCUCAGUUGCACUUAUUAAUAAAGGUAAAACAAACAAAGUAUGCCUAUUCCUUUUUCUUAUUGAGGGCUUUUACUCUCAAUCUGACAUCACUUUAUUUCAAAUGCAUUGUAAGACAGGAAGAACACUGAGAUAGUAUCAAAACCCACUUCCUUUUAUGUACAAAAAUAAAGAGCUCUGACAGCAAAACUGAUACUUCUAGUUGGAAAUCGAUAGAAACUCUCUUGAUAAAGGUAUACCUUUUAGCUAGAUAGGGACAGAGAAUAGAACUUUGAAAUUCAGUCCAGUGUUAAAACUAGUUUAUUGAUUUCUGUGUAAAGUGGAAGAACUUAGAAGUUUGUAGUUCUGGUUCCUAAUUUCCAGACAGGAAACAAUGUUCAGAGAAGAGCUUUAUGGAAUUCCAAGCCAAGUAUCGUCUAGACUGUCACAGCCAUCCUCUCCUCAGUCAGGCUGCCCAUCACCCACCAUUCCAGCAGGUAAAGUCAUUUCUCCGUCACAGAAGCACAGCAAGAAGGCACUAAAGCAGGCUCUAAAACAACAACAGCAAAAGAAGCAGCAGCAGCAGCAAUGCAGACCAAGCAUGUCUAUCUCCUCCAACCAGCAUCUCUCCCUGAAGACUGUCAAAGCAGCCAGUGACUCUGUACCUGCCAAACCUGCAGUAUGGGAAGGAAAGCAAUCUGAUGGACAGUCAACUAGCCCUCAAAACUCAAACUCUAGCUUUUCUUCUUCAGUUAAAGUGGAAAAUCCUUUGCUAAGCCUGGGAAAGAAGUCAUUCCAGAGGUCUGACAGGCUUCACACAAGGCAAAUGAAGAGGACUAAAUGUGCUGAAAUUGAUGUUGAGACACCAGACUCCAUUCUGGUUAAUACAAACCUACGAGCGCUAAUCAACAAACACACCUUUUCAGUCCUUCCUGGAGAUUGUCAACAGCGACUGCUUCUGCUACUUCCAGAGGUGGAUCGACAGGUUGGUCCAGAUGGUCUGAUGAAGUUAAAUGGCUCAGCCCUUAAUAAUGAGUUCUUCACUUCAGCAGCCCAAGGCUGGAAGGAAAGACUUUCAGAAGGUGAGUUUACACCUGAGAUGCAGGUGAGAAUUCGACAAGAAAUUGAGAAGGAGAAAAAAGUAGAGCCAUGGAAAGAGCAAUUCUUUGAAAGCUACUAUGGUCAGAGCUCUGGCCUAAGCCUUGAAGAUUCAAAGAAAUUGACAGCUUCACCCAAUGAUCCCAAAGUAAAGAAAACCCCAGCUGAGCAACCAAAAUCCACGCUUCCUUCAGAGGCCUCUCCUGUCAGUGUAGUCCCAAUAAUUCCCCAGUUAGAGUCUAAAGAAGAAGUACUGCCAUCACCAGUCAGAAAAGAAGAGCAUGAAGGCCAAGAUAAGAUGCAGCUAAACUCCAGAUCCACAGAGCCUCUACUUUCCUCAGCUACCAAUACAAAUGACCUUAGCAGUGUUGCUCCCAUUAAGUGCCCAAAGGAUGAGGCUGUCUUGGAGCAAAAGCCAGUUGCCUCUGCUGAACAGGAGUCUGAGAAAGAGAAUCAUCUCACUACAACUUCAGAUUUUAACAAAAAUGAAAGCCAAGAAGCUUUAGUUACAUCCCUGAGCAAACCCAAGAGUUCUGGGGUAGCAGCAACAGUAAUGAAGCCCAUAGUAGAAGCAGGUCUACAGGAGACCACUAUGAAAGAGCCUCCAUCGACUCUGGCUGAUCACAGCCCAGAAAGCCUCAAGAGGAAAUCAUCUCUCACCCAAGAAGAGGCCCCUACAAGCUGGGAGAAAAGGCCACGCAUCAUUGAGAAUCGCCAGCACCAGCAGCCAUUUCAAGUCUCCCCACAGCCCUUUCUCAGUAGAGGGGACAGGUUCCAGGUGCGGAAAGUACCACCUCUCAAGAUCCCGGUCUCCAGAAUCUCCCCCAUGCCGUUUCCUACAUCGCAGGUCUCUCCCAGGGCUCGUUUUCCAAUCUCCAUCACUAGUCCUAACAGAACAGGAGCCAGAACUCUCGCAGACAUCAAAGCAAAAGCCCAGCUGGUCAAAGCACAGAGGGCAGCAGCUGCCGCUGCAGCCGCAGCUGCUGCAGCCGCCUCAGUUGGAGGGACCAUUCCAGGACCUGGCCCAGGCGGUGGACAAGGUCCAGGAGAGGGGGGUGAAAGGAGAACUGCUAGAGGAGGGAGUCCAGACUCAAACAGAGUCAGUGAAACUGGAAAGGGCCCCACACUGGAACUGGCAGGAACUGGAAGCAGGGGAGGUACGAGAGAGCUUUUACCCGGUGGUCCAGAGACUCAGCCCCAGUCUGAGACCAAGACCCCAGGCCAGGCACAGCCUCAUAGUGUCUCUGGAGCACAACUACAGCAAACCUCCUCAGUGCCUCCAACAUCUGCCAUCAGCGGAGCAUGCACAAGUGUCCCGUCACCAGCCCACACUAAUGCACCCCCACCAGCUUUAGGAAGAUUAAGUAGUGAAAAACUGAACCCUACCAGGGCAACAGCCACGGUGGCCUCUCUUAGCCACCCACAAGGGCCCAGUAAUGGUAGGCAGGAGAAAGCACCCCCUACUCCAGCAGAUCCUGCUCUAAUCUCGGGUGCCUCACCUGUUCAUUUUGCAGCUGAUGGCACAGUUGAGCCCAAAGCAGGUUCUAGUAAGAAUAUACCAAACCCUCCAGCCUCAGCAGAGAUAAGUGCUAGCGCUUCAGUGGACAUGACUCCCUCUUUAUUAACAACAGCCACUUUAGAGAAGCUUCUUGUACCGCAGGUCAGUGUAACCAUAGCAGCUACCGGAUCAGCUCCAUCCUCGAGCACUUUGCCAGCAGCUUCUAGCCUUAAAACCCCAGGAGCUUCUUCACAUAUGAAUGGACCCAUUUCAAGGCCAAGCUCUAGUAUCCCUGCUAAUAAUCCUUUGGUAACUCAGCUGCUGCAGGGCAAAGAUGUUCCCAUGGAGCAAAUUCUGCCUAAACCUCUCACCAAAGUUGAAAUGAAAACUGUUCCACUAACUGCAAAAGAGGAAAAGGGGAUGAUAGGAGCACUUGCAGGUACCAACGUAAUAGAAAAUAGCACCAGAGAGGAAGUUAAUGAGAGACAGUCCCAUCCAGCUACACAGCAACUGGGUAAAACUUUGCAAAUUAAGCAGCUCCCCCAGGUUCCAAGACCCCUUCAGCUCUUUUCAGGUAAGGAUCUAAGGGACUCUAGCAUUGACACACACCAAUACCAAGAAGGACUAAGUAAAGCAACCCAAGAUCAGAUCCUUCAGACUCUCAUCCAAAGGGUUCGGAGGCAGAAUGUUCUCUCAUUUGUGCAGCCCUCCCAGUUCAACUUCACUCACUCAGGUUUCCAGUUAGAGGACAUCUCCACAAGCCAGAGAUUCAUGCUGGGUUUUGCUGGCAGAAGGACAUCCAAGCCUGCAAUGGCAGGUCACUACUUACUUAACAUUUCCACCUAUGGCCGGGGUUCAGAGAGCCUUAGGAGGACCCAUUCUGUAAACCCCGAAGACCGCUUUUGUCUAAGUAGCCCCACUGAGGCCUUGAAAAUGGGAUAUACAGACAGUAAAAACGCAGCAGGAGAUAGCAGCGGAAAAGAAGAUGACACUGACGAGGAAAGUGCUGGUGACGAGCGAGCAUCGGUCAUGGUGAAGGAGGAGCCGCAGGCUUCCCAGGGUUCUGGCAAGUGUGAAGCAAGUUCAGGACCCCAUAGUAGAGAAACCCUAUGCACCAGUGAGUGUUCAGCUAAAAAGAAUGUGAAGGCAGAGACACCAGUGCCUGAGCAAACCACUUUAAGCAAGGAGAAUUACCUGUUCAGUAGAGGCCAAACAUUUGAUGAGAAGACCCUAGCCAGAGAUUUUAUUCAGGCAGCACAGAAGCAAAUGGCUCAUGCAGUGAGAGGUAAGACCAUGCGGAGCAGCCCCGAGCUUUUCAAUUCUACUGCUCUUCCUCUGCCCGCAGACAGUCCUACCCAUCAGUCUCUGCUCCUUCCACCACUGCAAACCCCAAAGCUGUAUGGAAGCCCCACACAGAUUGGGCCAAGCUACAGAGGUAUGAUCAACGUCUCCACCUCAUCGGACAUGGACCAUAACUCUGCUGUACCGGGGAUGCCUGACUGUAGCCAGGUAUCCAGCAAUGUCGGUGAUGUCAUGUCCUUUUCAGUGACUGUCACAACCAUCCCUGCUAGCCAAGCUAUGAAUCCCAGCAGCCACGGCCAGACCAUUCCUGUCCAGGCCUUUCCUGAAGAGAACAGCAUAGAGGACACGGCUUCGAAAUGUUACUGCCGAUUGAAAGCCAUGAUCAUGUGCAAGGGAUGUGGAGCCUUCUGCCACGAUGAUUGCAUUGGCCCCUCCAAACUGUGUGUCUCCUGCCUUGUCGUUCGGUAAUAAGACUAGAAAGAGAACACACUGUAAAGGAGGCAGGAAGGGGGACGGGUUGACAGAUGUGGUUUUUGCGUUCUUUUGGAAUCACAGAAAUAAAAAAGUAGGUUUCAGUUGUCUUAAGAGACAAGUGUUACUUAAUCAGGAAUACAGAGUACAGAUCUUACAUUUUAGAGGAAGAGCACCUUGUAUAGUAAGUACAAGUCAAGCAAGACUUUGUGAAUUUGUGACAAGUUUGCACUUACAAAAUCAUGUAAAUAUGUCACAUCUUGUUUUAACCUUUUUCCAGGUGUUUAGGUAAUAAUGUAUUACUUUGACUUCAGAUUGGUGUUCCACUUCAUGUGACUCUGAAAAGUUUAAUGCCAUGCGUGGUGAAAGGAAGCGAUUUCCCUUCAGCCCUUUCCUAAGAGGCUAGGAAAAGAAAGGAGUGAGGGAAUGGUGUGAAGAAAUGACCAUUCAUGUUGAUUAUGUCUUGACAGUCUGAUUGCAGGCUUCACAUAGAUUAUUCAGCCUUCGCAGGAUUUAGAUUCAGGGUGUACUCAGUCCCUUUACCUUAGAUGGAACCUUCUCAAGUUCAAAUUUUUGGUAAGGUAUUUCACAGGUAGUAUUUCAGACUCUGAAAGUUCUGACUUGGUUCUUGGCUUCCCUAAACCAGUACUGUUGCCAGGCACUCUGCUUGCAAUUUGUGGAUCCCUGCUGUUCCCUAAUCCCUUGCCCUAAAGCAGAGAAUGUGACCCAUGAAGGGUUUGCCUCGCUGGGCACCUUGGGUUACCAUCACCUGUGCAGGGCAGUGAUUCCAGCAAUCAUCUCUGAGGAUUUAGUCAUUUGUGGGAACUUACAAACAAGUUUGAAAUACUAGUAUGAAAUUAGCAGAAAAGUGUUAGUGAUAGGGGGGUUUGAACUAUGUGUUUUGUUGAGUAAGCAGAGUAAAGGUGCAGAAACUGUUAAACUGAACAUAAAGAACUUUGGGAAACAAUUUUAACACUAGAAACAAAGUAGCCCCUCUCCUCCUCUUCUCUCCCAACCUGUUACCUAAUGUGCUAUAGUCACCUGUUGCUACUGGUAGGAAAACUCAUGAAUACCACAUUUGCCCAUUCUGUUAAACGGUGUUUUGACCUCCCAGGCAUCUGAGGAGUGUGGGGGUAAUCUUAUAUAUUACUUUGAACAUAUUGCUUUGAAGAUAAAUGUGUCUGCACGCGCGCGCGCACACACACACACAGUUGAAAGUCAGACACUUGUCCUGUUUUAGAAAACAUGUCCCCCAUUUUGAACUACUGCUGUCUACUUACUAGAAAUUUAUAAUGUAAAGGGGCUUUAGUGAAUGACUAAGGGAACAUCUAGAAAAGAAGAGAAAUCAGCCUCAAAUUUUUGUUGGUUGUUUUUGUUUAUUCUUUUUUGUUUUUUGUUGAAUCCUGUCUCUAGUGACUGAAGAACUUUUGAGUACAUACAUUUAGGUCAUUGUUAAAGAACAUUAAAAUAAAUCUGCAAUUUACCAGAAUUCGGUAUUAAAAAGUUGGGUAUUGUCAAUGUGCAUCAUUUGCAUAUUGAUUUCAAAUCUCUUAAUUUCAUGUGUGUAAAGGACAUAUAUUAGUGCAACCUAGUACAGUCGUAGUUACACUUAUAUUCAGGAUGUGAUACAUACAAAAUGCAGAACAGUUUAAACUCACUGAUGAAGUCACAUUCCAAAUUAGGGGAAAGUAGGCAGUAAUCAUCUUAGCUUUGCCCCCAUUCUGCUACCCACCCCUCCCUACCUCAUCUCCUUUAUUAUGCAUACACUCUUUUAAUACUUCCAAAUCCCAUAAGAAACUAUUUACUUUUAUUUUUUAUUUUGUUUCUUUUUUUUGUGGCCCAAAGCAAAUAUAGGAUUAAUAUCUGUGUUCUAGUUUCAUCCAAGAUAAUUUGGUGUCCUUCUAACUUCUGAUUUUCUUCUACCACACACAUAGCUAAGAGGUAAGAAAUCUGCAAGGAUCCAGGGAUAAGGAGCAAGUUCUCCAGCCAAUAACCAGUAGGAAUCAGAGAAACCAUGGUUCUGUUCCCAGACUUUCAGUGUCCUGGGUAAUCCCAAGGGGUAAGAAGACAUAUUGCUAGUUGCAACUCUCCAUUCCCAGCAUCCUCACUCCCCACUUCAGUGGUCGGACUGAGGGGUUGUCUGCCUGCUGUGAGUGGUUGACUGUUUCAGAACUGACUCCAUGGUGAACACGAAUUACCAAUGUGGAUUUUCAAAAUGAUUUUUCUUCUUCACGCCUUUCCUAUCAUAGAAAGUCUCUCCUCCAUGGUUUUUUUAAUCUGAGGAUGCACAGACUAACCAGGAAAGGAGGAAAGGCAUCAGGGAUUUUCAGGUCCGUUUAGAGAGCAAACCAUAUCGUGCCUAUUCAUCUUGACACAGGCUCUUGCAGAUAGGUCCUAAGCAUUACUAGUCAGCAGAUUCUCUUUACAAAUAAUACCCAGCUAAUAAAAUAUUCAGUAAAUCGUCAACUGGGUACACUGCCUCGAUCUUGACUAAAUUAGAGAAUAGUUGGAUUCUCUUAGAUUGGUAGAAAAUUGAAUGCAGGGUAUUUAUCAGUUUGUUUCAAAACAGUGGUUUCACGUUGGUCCUUCAUCUUAUGUGCUGACUGAGCUGAACAACAACAACAAAAAUUACAAUCUGGCCCUUUUGAAAAUGAAGCAGUAGGCACAAGAAAACCUUUAGAUUAUUAGAAUAUGGUAUUUAGUACCUUUAAAACAGUUCUUAUCUUAGGUUUCCAGUUACUUUACCUUUCAAUUCAGUCUGAAAUGUUUCUAAUAAGUGCUAAGCUUAUUUUUAUGGUAUUAAGUUGCACUAUUUCCAGUGACUAGUCAGGCAUUAUGCCUGAUGCUUACGCCUCCAGGGUACGCUUCUCAAGCCUUCAGAUAACCUUCCACUGCAGGUCACCUUGGGGAGAUGGCAUUCUCAUCUCAUUCUUACUUAAUGAAUGUUCUGAGUUGUCUAGUAGAGAAGACUCACUGAAUCUUAAAGAAUUUUUAUUAAAAUCCUCCAUCCUAUUCAACAGAAAAUAAAGCCAAAUAACCUGGAGUUGUUUGCCCUACGUAACCCCUGUGUUAAAGAUACUGAAGCUGUCUGUGGUACUCCAUGUUACAUUUUUAAGAAUAAGGUCUGGCAGAUGGGAAAUUUUCUUGGGGCAGGGGAAACAUAGGGGCUGGGAAGGCACACAGUGUAGAUAUUUUAGGAGUUAUCACAGAUUUAAAUAACUAGCCAAAGGAAGACCUCAUUGCCUUCCAGGUGAAGGCGUAAAUUCAUACAUUAAUAAUCAGACAGUUUACCAUCCUAAUUGCUCUUAUUGCCUUUCUUCACCUAAGAGUCCUUAAAGAACUCUUGGGUGAAAUUAUUUGUUAUAAUGAAGGGGUCUUCUCUGGUCAUUACAUCACUGUUUCUAGAACUCAUUGUCAGUAAGCAGUACCAGGGUGGUUUUCUCUGUGACCUAGAGAUUUCACUUCACAACAAGGAGAUAAAAGUCUCCCCGUUGCAUUACAGCAGUGUGCUAAGUUAAAAAAAAAAAAAAACUUGGCCAAGGGUAGUUUUCAGUUCAAUUUAUAGAAUAGUCCAAAGAGACUCUGAGAAACAUGAUGAUAGGCAGGGAUCUUUCCUACCGUGUUUCAAUACCUACAUAACCUAUUGAAAGAGAAUAAUAGGUAAAGCAGUUCCUAAAGUUGAAGUAAGAGCUUCAUAGAUUCUUGAUUACUUUAUUUUUUUUAAUGCUUUACAUUUGAUACAACUAUUAAAGAUCAAUUUUAAAAAUAGCUUUCCAGUAAUAUAUUUUAAGUAAUAUAUAUUUUAAUAUCUAUGUAAAAAGUGACAGUGGAAGACUUAAUUUCUCACAUAAGGUAUGUUUAAUGUAGGACCUCACUGUUAAGGCACAAAUUAUUUCAAAGGAAGUUACUCUAUAAAGACACUCAGAUUAUUUCCAAAAAAAAAAAAAAAAAUGCAAUAAGGGGAAUAGUUUUGGAGUUUAUUUUUUAUUUUAAAAGAAAAUUGACUUAUUUACCACAAGCUAUUUUCUUCCUUCUGGCUAAAAGGUUUGUACAGACUGGUUUGGUAAAUGCUAAACUUUUGUGUCUUUUGCCUUUUUAAAGGAAUUGUUAACAUUGGAAUUGAGGGUAUGUACAGAGAAGUUGGUGUCAACACCAUUUAAAAAGUCAUAUUUUUUCACAAAUAUAGAAAAAUCAUUUUACAUAAGAAUUUUAAGUAUUUGCAAUAAAUAUAUGUAUAUAGAUUGUAUGUAUUCAUAUAUUCUUAUUUUUCAUUUUAUUAUUAAGUAAAAGAUAAUUAAAGUGAAAAUAAAAAACCUUGGAGUUUUUGAUGCAUCUUGAGGUCUGGCAUCCAUGUGGAAAAAGUGGUGUGGGUAAGGCCCUCAGCUGUUGCCUCAUACUAUUAUUGGAAGAUUACCAACAGAUUGCAUAGAAGAUAGUAAAAUGAGGAAUUUGGUGAUAAACAAAUCAGGGUAGUGUAUUUCUUUCAAAACUCUAGUAAAAAUAUUAAGUUCUCCUUAUCUGUCUGUCUCUGUGCUUUCACGCUUGAACUUUUCUCUCUCCAAACCGUCUGUUACUGGGGAAGUCAAAACAGAACAAAACACAGUGCAUUUUUUUUUUAUACUGGGGAAGUCAAAACAGAACAAAACACAGUGCAUUUUUUUUUUAAUGUGCCCAUUGUUUGCUUCUAAGACAAAGAAUGGCAAGAAAAUAUCUCCAGGGGUGGAGGGGGGGAUAGGUUUUCCUUUCUCCAUGUGGUUAAUAAUUCAUUAGCAAACAUUCACUGCCACCACACUGUAGGGUUUAUGUGAAGGUAAAACUAUUUUUCUGUUUCCCUUUGAGAAGUGAGUUUCAUAGCCAGUUUUAUGUCCUUCCAGAUUGAUCUGGAGAUAGAAGGGCUAAGAGAACUUGAAUGUUGAUUUCCGUAAUGUCAUGAAGGGUGUUUAUGGAAUUGAGGACUGAGGCAAACAUUAGGAGAGGUUAACCAUACCUAGAGAUAAUCUGGAGUCCUGCUGUCCAAGAGAAGUCAUUUGGUGAUUGUAAAUAUUUGGUGUUAGGACAUGAUUAAAGGAGUAAAGGAUACCUAGAUAAUCUGGAAAUAAAGGCAUAUAGCCCAUUCUUUUAAAAUGAAUAAUAUAUAGCUUUAUUGGUGACCUGAAAGGAAAUAAGUCAGAGUUGGAAGAAUGUAUCUUAAUGACCUAUAAAACAGUUUUAAUUGUAGUUCACUAGUUCUCCCCCUAAUUGCCCAGCUGUGGUUAUUUUAACUGAUAAAAAUAGCAAUUCUUGGUAAUUAGUAAGGAUACUUAAGAAUGCUUGCAUGCAGGAUCUUAGUUCCCUAUCCAGGGAUAGAACUGAUGCCCCCUGCAUUGGGAGCACAGAGUCCUAACCACUGGACCACCAGGGAAGUCCCAGUAAUGCUUUUUAAAAAGAUAGUCUGUCUUCUUAUUUUUCAAAAAUUGAAAAUUCAAACAUAGGGUUGCUCAAAGACAUUAAAAAUAGUUGAGACAUCUAAGAACAGCACUAAAUCUUUGCUGAAAAUACCACUAUUACUAAAGGAAGAAUUUUAAGUCUCAGGGAACAUUUGCAUCCUCAAUUCCCAUAUAUGGUAGAUAGGAAUGAAGGUGAAAUACUUAAAUGUGUGUGAACUGGUUCAUGAUGACCAUUUACAAAGACACCCCCCCCCGCCCCAAUUUCUAAUAUGUGCUUACUGUUACUUAUUCCUACCUCACGGGAAGUAAAGUUCAUAUUCAGGUAAUGACAUAGAACCCUAAGAUAUAGUUGGACUGCAGUUGAUCGAGGAAGAGCAAUACACCAGAACACAGCUUCAUCUUGGAUCCCCAACUUUAUUUACAUCACAGAGUCUUAGAAACCUGUAUUCAUUGCUUUUAACACUAGUUGACCAAGAAUGGUCUUCACAAAACUUUGCAUGUUUCUAGUUGGUUUUGUACAUAAAUCAUGUUAUUCACUAAUUCAAACAUCUUUUGCACACAUAUGUGCUAAACACUGUGCUAAGGUUCUGUUUAAGCAAAGGUAAAGAAAAGCAGUCAUGUAAAUUGUAAACGGUCUUCCUAAAGGUGGUAACCAUACAGCAUGUGUCUAGUUCAGAGCUCAAGCAGUGGUGUAUGCUACGUUACUUCCCAGGAGUAAAUGAAUAUGAAAUAGAAGCAUUUGAGGCACUCGGCAAAACAUGGCGGCAAAACUUGAAGAAAGAAAAGAAAGGCAUUGCUCCUGCAUGAAAUUACAGUGUGUAAGUGAGGAACCAGAUUGAUAAAGUUUGCCUUUUUUGACAAGUAUAAUUGGAAGAUCUAGAGAUUAAUCGAAAUUUCAAGAAAUCUCUUGGUGAUACCUAAAUUGAGAAAAUCAGGCCAAAAGCAAUCCCUUUCAGUUAAUUCUGUUCAGUAUGUUAAUAAAGAUGCUUCAUCUUAUGUUCCACUAACCCUUUCAAAUAACAAUUUGGUAAAUAAUGCAGCUUUCCUGUCAAACCCACAGUAUGCUAAAGGGAAUCAAAAAGACAUAACCUUGUUUUCAUCUUAUAGACUGAAAGAGGCUUCAGCAAGACACUAGCCCUUAUAAGGUGGCCCAAAUCCUAAUUCUUUAAGACUUUCUGGUAGGAAGGUUUUAAAAGGGUAAAUUAAAAUAUCUUGUCGGUGCUUAGUAUUGAACUUUCCUUACCUGGGUUAUUGGAUUUGCAACUUGAAUUCUGUGUUCCAAAAUAUCCACGUUCACCUUUUAGUCAAAAAGGUAUUAGGUGUAUUCCACCAUGUAAUACAGUCUCAACUCUGUCCAGGAAGUAGGAGGGUGGAUAUCCUGUAUUUUCCUUAUACUUAGUGACCUUAGACAGAAGAUUGGGUUUCUCUCAUAGGGACUGUAUAAACUAAGGAAUCUCUAUGCCUUUUGUGUAUCUUUCAGUCUUAACCUAAAAAGGGAAUCCCUACAAAGAUUUCCUUAUAUCAAAAAGGACAGACUAAACCUGGAAGAGAGAGAUGAUCAGAUGUGGAGAUGGGCUGUGACUAGAUAGUGGGUUUUCCUGAAGAAUAACUGCAAACUCAGCUUUCCUGGUUCUUCAAGUGCAAAAGAAACUAAAGGGAAUUUUUUAAAUCCUGACUUUCAUCUUGACUGCAAAACCUAUCAAGUGCCUAGGGGAGGAGAAAGGUAAACCCAAGAUUGGAUUUAAGAUAGAUUUAAGUAAACUUGGAAUUAUUCUUAUCCUUUUACUAAAUUUUUUUUUAAGGUUUUGGGUUUCCAUAAUGUAAUGAAUUGCCAUGAGUGGAACAUGGAAUUUGAAUUGAGGCAUUUCGUAGGCUAAGUAGUGGUUUUCUAUUGAACCAUAUUCUCUGUCUAGUGACAGCUUUUGCCACUGCUCAGGAUUUAGGGUUGUGCACCUGUGUCUAAGUGACGCAGACAUUGGCCUCAUAAAUACUAUAUUAAACCAACCUGAGUCAGCACUUAAUUUUAUUAACUUUAAUCAUGGAUCCUCUUUUUAAAUACUUAAUAUUUAAAAUUAAGAUUAGCCUAAUAAGAAUGUGGAAAUAUCCGAAGAUAACGUUAGAACUAUUAUUUUACACACAGUCUAUGUCCUUUGUAUGGAAAGUGGUACAUGAAAUUUUACAUUUCUUGGGUCGGUUCUUUUAAAAAACGAGUGUCUGAUGUUUUUGGAUACCUAGAGCUUGGAAAUCCUGGAGUUGGACUUGAACCCCAAGUCAGCAUGUGUUUUCAUUUUAGGUUUUCAGGCAUAGCAAUUUAAUGUGACCCCAGCUGAACCUAUAUGUAAUCACUUUGAACAAAAUUUAAAUUAAUGAAACUCUUCGAGAGUCUCAAAUAUGGUCUCCUGUUUGUUGCAUAAGGAGACAGAUUCUGGGCUUGGAAGAAUCUGACGAUUUGUUCUCUGAUAAUAAACUACUGAUUGAAGAGCAAGUUUGUUAUUAGAGAAUUCAUGAAAUUUCUAGAACCCAUGAAAGAUCUAGACUACAUGAUAAAUGAAACUCUAGAAAUUAAAAACUUUUAGCCAUAAGUGCUAUGACCUGUUCUUUUAAAACCCAUUUUUUUUUUAACCCAUUUUAAUUCUGUGACUCAUUGCAUCUUACCUUAAGACUUUACCAGCACCAAGAGAAAUCAGAAUGGAAGAAAUGACCUUACGUUGGUAUUACUUUAAAAUCUGUGCACAUAGGCCUUAGCACUUUGACAGAUAAAGCUCUGCCUUUUAGCUCCUUCUCUUGUCUUUAUUCCUCCCACUUUUAGACUGUUCCUUUUAUUGGUCGCAUAAAACUACCUUCAGAAUUGAAUGUAUAAUAAUGUUUCUGCACAUGGACAAACUGUAUUUUAAUGACUCUUUAUGUUGAA